AUGGAAAAGGUGGAGACGGAAAAAGUGGUAACGGAAAAGGUGGAGAGGGAGACGGUGGAGAAGAAACAAGUAAUGGAGGAUCAGGUUCAGGAGGGUCAGGUUCAGGAGGAUCAGGUUCAGGAGGAUCAGGUUCAGGAGGGGGGAUCAGGUGCAGGAGGUAAUGAUGAUGGAUCUGGAGGAAAUAGUCAAGGAGGUUCUGGUGAUAAUGGUGUACAAAGUCAAAACGGAGGGGAUGGACAAGAAGGAAAUGAUGGAAAAGAUGCAGAUAACGGCACUAGUCCAUUAACAGCAGGAUUGCUAGGUGCAGCAACAGGAGCUUUAGUAGCAGGAGGCGUAGGGUAUAAAAAAAAUCAAGCACUAAAAGAAAAAUUAAAUCAACAAAAUGGAUAUAAUGGUUAUAAUGGUCACCAUGAUGAUGAUAGAUACGAAGGACGUGGUGGAUAUGGUGAUCAUGAUAGAUAUGAUGACGAUCAUCGUCGUGGUCGAGAUGAUGAUCAUCGUCGAGGACUCGAUUCUGAUGAUAGACGCGAUUUCGGGGGCAGGGAUGACAAUCAUCCUGGUACUACUAAAGUUGUACACCAUGUACAUCACCAUGUACAUCAUGAAUAUAGUGCUAAAGAUAGGGAAAAACACCUUGGAAAUGCUGAAGGAGACGGAAAAGUUGGAGACGGUGAAGACGGAAACGUCGGAGAGGGAGACGGUGAAAAUGGAAAAGGUGGAGAUGGAAAAGGUGGAGACGGAAAAGGUGGAGACGGAAAUGGUGGAGACGGAAAUGGUGGAGACGGAAAAAGUGGAGACGGAAACGGUGGAGAUGAAAAAAGUGGAGUCGGAAAAAGUGGAGAGGGAGAUGGUGGAAGCGGAGAAGGUGGAGGAGGUGGAGAAGGAUCAGGGUCAGGAGGAUCAGGGUCAGGAGGAUCAGGUUCAGGAGGAUCAGGUUCAGGAGGAUCAGGUUCAGGAGGAUCAGGUUCAGGAGGAUCAGGUUCAGGAGGAUCAGGUUCAGGAGGAGAUGGUGGUGAAGGAAAUGGUAAAGAAGCUUCUGGCGGAAAUAGUGUAGACAGUACAGACGGAGGAGGUGGAGAUGGUAAACGUGGAGACGCAAAAGGUGGAAAGGGAAACGGUGCAGACGAAAAAGUAGGAGACGGAAAAGGUGGUGACGGUAACGGUGACGAGGGAGGCAGUGGGAACGGAACAGGGGGAGAUGGAAAAGGGAGAGACGGAAACGGUGGAGAAGAAUCAGGUUCAGGAGGAUCAGGUUCAGGAGAAGAUGGUGGUGAAGGAAAUGGCAAAGGAGGUUCUGUCGAAACUGGUGGACAAAAUUCAAAUGGAGGAGGUGGUAGCGGAAAAGGUGGUGACUCAAAAGGUGGAGAUGGAAAAGGAGGGGACGGAAAAGGUGGAGACGGAAAGGGUGGAGGGGGAGGCAGUGGAGAUGGAAAAGGGGGAGACGGAAACGGUGUAGAGGGAGGCAGUGGCAUUGACAAAGGUGGAAACGGAAAAGGUGGAGAUGGAAAAGGGGGAGAUGGAAAUGGUGGAGAAGGUGCAGAUUCAGAAGGAUCAGGUUCAGAAGGAGAUGGUGGUGAGGGAAAUGGUAAAGGAGGUUCUGGUGAAAAUAGUGCACAAAGUACAAACGGAGGAGGUGGGGACGGAAAAGGCGGAGACGCAAAAGGUGGAGAGGGAAGCGUUGGAGACGGAAAAGGUGAAGACGUAAAUCGUGGAGAGGGAAGCAGUAGAGAUGGAAAAGAAGCAGACGGUAAAGGCGGUAACGGAAACGGUGGAGAGGGAGGCAGUGGGGACGGAAAAGGUGUAGAUGGAAAAGCGGGAGACGGAAAAGGUGGAGAAGGAUUAGGUUCAGGAGGAUCAAGUUCGGGAGGAGAUGGUGGUGAAGGAAAUGGCAAAGGAGGUUCUGACGAAACUGGUGGGCAAAGUUCAAACGGAGGAGGUGGAGACGGAAAAGGUGGAGACUCAAAAGGUGGAAACGGAAAAGAAGGGGACGGGAAAGGUGGAGACGGAAACGGUAGAGAGGUAGGCGGUGGGAACGGGAACAGUGGAAACGGAAAAGGUGAAGAUGGAAAAGGGGGAGACGGAAACGGUGGAGAAGGUUCAGAUUCAGGAGGAUCAGGUUCAGGAGGAGAUGGUGGUGAAGGAAAUGGUAAAGGAGGUUCUGGUGAAAAUAGUGUACAAAGUACAAGCGGAGGAGGUGGGGACGGAAAAGGCGGAGACGCAAAAGGUGGAGAGGAAAGCGGUAGAGACGGAAAAGGACAAGAUGAAAAAAGUGGUGUUGAAAAAGGUGGAGAGGAAAACGGUGGAGAGGGAGGCGGUGGAGACGGAAAAGGUGGAGACGAAAAAGGUGGAGGUGGAAAAUUGGGAGACGGAAACGGUGGAGAAGGAUCAGGUUCAGGAGGAGAUGGUGGUGAAGGAAAUGGUAAAGAAGGUACUGGCGAAAAUGAUGUACAAAGUUCAAAAGGAGGGGAUGGAGCAGCAGGCUUUAAUGAAAAGGCAUCGGAAAGCAGCACUAGUCCAUUAACAGCAGGAUUGAUAGGUGCAGCAGGAGGAGCUUUAGUAGCAGGAGGAAUAGGGUAUAAAAAAAAUCAAGAACUAAAAAAACAAUUAGAAGCUCGUAAUGGAAAUGAUGGUUACGGUGGUCAUGAUCAUCAUCAUGGUCGAGAUGAUGCUCAUCAUUAUGGUCGUGAUGAUGAUCAUCGUCGUGGACUCGAUUCUAAUGACAGACGCGAUGAUAGACACGACGUCGGUGGUAAAAAGGACAAUAAUCCUGCUACUAAUCAAGUUGAGCACCAUGUACAUCACCAUGGGCAUCAUCACUAUAGUGAUAAAGAUAGGGAAAAACCUUCGAAGGAAAUAAAAGCCGUAGCGAGUAAGGCUGAGCUCCACAAAUUCGGAAGAUUAUUCAGAAAAUGA